CUCAGUUCCGAGAAAUCAGCCACCCGUUGACAGCUGCCCUGCGAGGCUGCCGAGUGCAUCCACCCCACAGAGCCCAGGGAACGUCAGCCCCAGGCCCUGAGGCUUCUCUGCAAGGAUGGGGAAAGGAACCCAAAGGCCAAAUUCUUCAAGCCAAGAGGAACCACUGAACACCUGCAGUGAUCCAGAGGAACAGUCCAAAUGUGGGUCCUACAGAACCGAGUCAGACUGGAGAACAUCCCCCAGGGUGCGUGUUCUCCUGGCUCUGAGUGUGUUCCUGGGGAUCCUCACCUUGAGCCUGGCUGGAGCAGUGACUGUUCUUGGUGUCAGACCCCCUUUCUCCAAGCCGGAAUUCUCCCACGUGUGCCCAGACACCUGGCCUGGUUUCCAAGGAAAAUGUUAUCAUUUUUCUGAGGCUGAGGGCAACUGGACCACGGGCUGGACAAGGUGUGAGGCCCUGGGAGCUUCACUGGCUACCAUAAGCACGAGGGAUGAACUGGCCUUCCUUCUGCGCUAUAAAGGCAAAGCAAACCACUGGAUCGGGCUGGGAAUGAGGGAUAACGGCUGGGAGUGGAUCAAUGGCACGGCCUUGAACGGCAGGUUUGAGGUGAGGGGUGUGGGGCCCUGUGGGUACCUCGAUGACGGAUGGAUCAGCUCAUCCCUGUGCCACACGGAGAAGAACUGGAUCUGCAGCCGCCCCGACGACUAUGAACUCUGGAAGGGGAAAACAGGAGACCCCAAACCAGGACUUUCAACCUAAAUCUCUGGCCAGAUGAGGGAUGUUCACCCCAGCACUGCAACUGAAAUAUUCGGGGUGAAUCUAAAAAAUCAGGUAUAAGGA